AUGUCGAAGAAACCGCCGUCUCGAACUAAAACUAAUUCGAAUACAAAUGCUAAAGGAACAGAACUGCCUCAAGUUCAGAAGAAAGCACCAUUAUCGUAAGUUUUUGUUAUUCUUAACAAACGUUGUGAAAACUUUGAACUAGCAAAAAAAGAUUUUAAAUUUCAGGUUUUCGAUUGUGCGGCCUGCGAAUGUCAAUGCGCAGGUUGCGGCCACCAAUUACAUUUUUUUUUGUUUUUGAGCUUUGAAUUGAAUCGAAAAGAUGUAUGCUAAAAUUUCUUUUACACAAGGAAAGUUAAUUUAUAAACUUUUUCAGUCGUCGCAGAACCGGAGAUCCCAUAUCUCUGCCCGAUGGUUUAGCUCCAGGAUUAGCUGAAAAAGCGGCCAAGCACCCGGAAUUGGCGGCUAAGUUGAUCGCGAUGAGUGGAUUCGCUAAAACAUUGAUGAAAAAGAAUAUUGACGGAUUGAAAUUAGAGUUUCUUAAUUUACGGAACACAAAAAUCGCGUCCACUCAAAGCGCGUUUAUGGCUAACCAAGGAAAAUGUCCCUACAAAGGUAAAGUUGUCAAAAGUAUUUUAUACGUUAUUAUAGUAGGGUAAAAAGGUGGUUGGUUAUAUUAAUAUACGUUAUCAUUUUAUAGUUUUUUGACUUGUUGCAAAAGUAUGUUAAAUAUAAGUAUUGUAAGUAUAGAUUGAGAUGAAUAAAGGAUAUUGUUGUUCAGGUUAUUGUAAGAAAUUGAUUACGCUUUGCUAAUUAAAAUGUCAUUUCAGACGUGGGUUGUGCUGACAAAACAAGAGUAGUGCUAAAAAACACAAAAUGUGACUUUAUUCAUGCAAACUACAUUAAAAACGACGUAAUGGUGAACACUUUUAUUGCUUGUCAAGUAAGUUACUAAUAUUUUCUUUUAUAACUUGCAAGUUCUAAUAUUACACUUGAGACUUAUGAAUGGUAGGGAAGGGAAAAUAGGGUAAGGUAGGGCUAAACUGGGCAUGGAGAAGCUAGGAUAAAUAAAAUUAGGCAGGAGCAGAGUUUUGCUUUAGAAAAAGUUUCAGACCGAUCCGACCGGUAGAAAAAAAGCGCGGGAAAACAAAAUUCAAAUUCCGGACUUCCGAAUUGCGUCCGGUCUGGGAGGAACUCUGGCCAGGGGUAUGCUGAGAUAGGGUAAUGUGGGUUUAUUUUGUAAUUUUGUUAAGUGUAACCUCUUCAGUAGGAUAACCUUUUUUAUUGGUGUCUUAUACCAUAAGGGUGGUCAAUUUUUUGGGAUGACUUAAUCCGACAGUUGACCUAUUCACCCUCAAUAACAUUGUUAUCUUUUUUAUUUUUGCAGGGGCCCUUAAAAGUUACUGUAAUAGACUUUUGGACCAUGGCAUGGCAGGAAAAUUGUUAUCACAUUUUUAUGUUGUGUAAGUUUGUGGAGAUCAAAAAGCAGAAAUGUUAUCCGUAUUACCCUGUCAAAGUCAAUCAAACCCUCGUAGCCGGCCCAUUCAGCAUUAAAAGCGUGGAAGCUUCGUCGGACUCCAAUCUCAACUAUACGAAAUUUGUUGUCACUCGUGGAGACGAACAACGGACUUUUGAGCAUCGUCAAUGGGCUUCAUGGCCGGACAGAUUUAUCCCACAGACUGUAGAGCCGGCGUUUAAAUUGUUGGAGCUGGCCAGAAGUCAUCCCAAAACUCCAACAAUCGUGCAUUGUUCGGCGGGAAUAGGCAGAACUGGUACAUUGGUACUCUUGGAGUGUUUGUACAAAAGUUUGGAGUUAGGAAUCGAACCAAUUGUGUCAAAUGUCUUUUUGAACAUUAGGCAUCAACGACUUCAAGCAGUCCAAACAGAAGAUCAGUUCAUCUACGUUCACUACGCGAUUCUGCAGAAAAUUGUAAAUUCUGGAGUGAUGACGCACGAAGCUUCAAGACGUAAGGUUUUUUUAAAGUCAAGUUAAAAACAACAUUCCUGACAUGAGAUUUUUUAAAAAUUUUUUUAUAAACGUAAAGAUGAUUUAUCCUUUGUAGAAUGUAACUAUUUUUUACUUGACAUGUCUUUUUAACAUUAAUAUUUAAAAUUUCAGCGUUCAUGGCAAGCUACGAUCGUUACAUGUCAAAGAUUGGAGCGCCGGUACCUGCGUUGUUACCGGAAUAUAACGACACAGCUACCUUCACGGAUCGUCUUACUACAAAGAAACGGGGUUCUAUUGUGCAGAAAGAGAAGAAAGAGGACAGAAGACAAGAAGAAGCUAAGCCUAUAUUCAAAGGAAGCAAAGAACACAGUCAAGGCGCAGAUGCUGACAGAAGAGGUGCAGAACACAAAGAUCGUACAGAAAAAUUUGUUGUACCAGACCGGAUCGUGGAGAAAAGCAUGGUUACGAAUCGUGCGGUCCUAGUUGAAGCUCAACCUCGUGAGGUUGAAGAAUACACGACUACUGACCGACCUAGCCCUCCUGAUAAUGCACCUACUCGUGUUUUGGAAACAGAUGGAAAUAUCCACAAGCCUGGAAUCUAUUUUAAAACAUCUACAGACGUUUCGGAUGACAAUCACCAAGGAAAAGAGGAAGCUAAUUUGUCAAAGGAGCAUGUUACAUCGAGCACUGGCGUCGAGAAGAAUGCGUCAUCAAGUAGCAUCAGAGAAAGUCACGAAGCUAAAAUAAGGAACUUACUUGAGAAAAAGCCACCAACGCUGCUAUUGAGUAGGUUUAUGCUGCACACUUAACAAAUAAUAGGUUUUUAGUACAAUAUACAAAUCGUUUAACUUUUAAAAUGAAUAAUUUCUUUAAUUUUGAUAGUUUUAAAUACAUGUUGUUAAUUAAAAGUUUUAGGUCCGAAAAACAGAUCUAGUCGUUCUACCUCUGACUCGGCCGAAGAUGCUGGUUCAGUUUACUUGACCACCGAAAUGAACAGAAACUCAAUGAAGUACAUGAAAAGUUCAAAACAUCAGAAACCGAAUGGUCGGAGAUAA